AGCCAAGCAAAGGGUGUGGUUCAGACACACAAAAAAAAAAGAUCCUCCAGCUUCCAUUACCUCUUUUCUCUUCUUCCCGUUGUGUCACAGAAGGCACUUUAACUCUCGGACAACACUUACAUUUGGAUUUUUCUCUGUCUAAAUCUUGAACUCGGAACCAUGGGGGCAUUGCAGUGCAUCAAAUACCUGGUGUUUGUCUUCAACUUUCUCUUCUGGCUGGCAGGUACAGGAGUGUUGGCGGUGGGACUAUGGCUGCGUUUUGACUCCAGGACAGCAGGACUGUUUGACGGGGAGGACUCACCUUCAGUCUUCUUCACUGGUGUGUACAUCCUCAUCGCGGCCGGGGCUCUGAUGAUGGUCGUUGGUUUCCUCGGAUGCUGCGGAGCCAUCAAAGAGUCGCCGUGCAUGCUGGGAUUGUUCUUCUUCUUCCUGCUCAUCAUCUUCGCUGUGGAAGUUGCUGCUGGGAUCUGGGGUCUCUCCAACAAGGAAAAGGUGGUCGAGGAAGUCACAGAGUUUUAUAAACAAACCUACAACAACUACAAAGACACCAAACAGGAAGCGCUGAAGGAGACGCUCCGCCUCAUCCACUUUGGGCUGGACUGCUGCGGCCCGACGGGGACGGUGAUCGACGCCGCCAAAGAUAUCUGCCCCAAGAAGGAGGGACUGGAGGUCCUCAUCACCACGAGUUGUCCCGCCGCCAUCGACGAGAUGUUCAACACCAGGCUGCACAUCAUCGGAGGGGUCGGCAUCGGUAUCGGAGUCAUCAUGAUCUUCGGGAUGAUCUUCAGCAUGAUGCUCUGCUGUGCCAUCAAGAAAUCCAGAGACUACGUUUAAAAAAACAACAACAACAAAAAACCCCACAAAACUCCUCCUAUCUUUAACUUAUGUGUCAACACUUUUACAACCUCUGCUUUAGAGUUUAUUUACCUUUUUUGUUUUUUAAAUAAUCACAUCAGCGACUCAUCAGCUGACUGCUUGGAUCCGUACACGAUGACCACGUUGACCUGUGAGUGUACGGAGGCCGUGUAAUGACUUCUUUAGAUUUAAAUUGGUUAAUUAAAAUUUAAAAUAAAAAGAGAGAGAGGGUCAAGAUAAUUAAUUUACAUCCUACUUUUCAUCUACAGAGAGAAAUGAAUUAAUAGACUCUGCUGCCCUCUGGAGGUAAAUCACUCCUAUUAACUCUGUUCUCCCCCUUUUUUUAUUUAAGUGCUGCACUUCUGAAUAAUAUCAACUUUAAGUUGAAGUUAAUGUAAAACAUAUUAAAGGUUUACCUGUGGUGAGUUGUAACUAAUAGUUGUUGUUUUUUGCAGCUAACUUAAUUUUACUGUGCAACUUUUUUGUUGUUGUUUUGUUUUUAAUUUUAGUUUCUUUUUUCUGAAGUUACAUUUUAGGAUUUUUUUAUUUUUUUUAUUUUUAAUAAAAGCCGAACUGUGGAGUUUUAUGCAAAUAUUUUGAUGAAUGCAGUUCAAAUAUAUAUCUUUAAAAAAAAACAAAGAAGCCAAAUAAAUGAA